AUGGCAAAUUAAAACAAUGAUAGCAUAUUGGAUUUUAGAGAUAUAUGUACUAAACAAAAGAUUGUCAUUCAUGAAGGUUUACUAUGGAAAUAUUUGGAUACUCCUUAUUCAAUACCUCCUUUAUCUUAAUACAAUCCAGAGACUUGUAAAAUAAGCUACACAAUUAAGGAAUACUCAAUUUAAGGAAAACUUUUGAAUAAGGAUUAUAAAAAUAUAAGAAAGAUAUAGCUUAAGCAUGAUAAAAAAUCAUCUUUUGGAUUACAUUUAUGCUUAAAUUAAAUGGGAAAUAAAGAGGUUGCUGUAUUUGAAGUGAAUCCAAAUUUGAGAAAAUCAAUUAUUUAAUUGGAAACUGAAAAUGAAUGUUAAGACAUUCCAAUCAUAUAAUUUAUAGAGAGCAAAUAUAGAAAUAUAUUAGAUUAACCUUAAAUAUGGAUUAUUGAAGUACAUGAUAUAGAAGAGAUGGAGGAUAAUGAAAAAUUAACUUUAGAAGAGAGAUAAUAAAGAGUAAAAUAAUUGAAACCUUAAGCUGGUUAAUUAUUUAAAGAGAAGAAAUUUUAAGAAGCUAUUUAAGUUUACAAAACUCUUUACGCUAAAAUUGGCUAAAUUCCGAAAGCUUUGAAAAAUAAAAUGACUUAAGAAUAAAAGACAUUUUUUUAGAUUGAACUCUCAAGGGUUUUUUCUAAUUAAGCUAUUUGUUACUUAUAAUUGUAAGAUUAUACAAAAGCAAUAGAAACAUCUAAAUAAGCUAUGAAUGAAUGGGAUUAAAAUUUUAAAGGUACAAAUUUUCUGAUCAUCUUUAGCUUAUUUUAUUUAUGCAAAAGCUCAUUUUGAAAGAGGUUAAACAAGUGAAGCCCUUGAAUAUUUUUAACAGAUUAUUAAAAAAUUCCCUAAUGAAGAUGUUACAGAAGUAUAAUUAUAUUUGUAAAAAUGUAAAUAAAUCAAAACUACAAAAAGUGAGCAAGAAUUAUAUAAGAAAAUAUUUGAAAGAUUAUAAGAUAAAGAUGAAGAUGAUAUACAAAGAGAAUAAAAAGAGAAAUUUGAAAAAGUUGAAAAAAACAGAUAGACUGAAAAAAUCUUAAUUUCAGCCAAAAAUGGAUAAUCGAUUAAUCAUGAAGAAAUUUAAAAAUUAUAAUGA